GACCCGCCCCUCGCUCUCACACUGGGGUCCGCGGAGUUUCGUUUCUCCGGGCCGUGGGGCGGGCAGUAUUGGCGCCGUUUAAAGCCGAGGAGCGAGUGGAGCGCCUGCAUUCCUUGCUGCGCUGGGAGCGUUCUGUGUUGACAGAGACUAAGUGGCUGUUGGGAGGAAGGUCCCAGGAGAAGCAGCAAAGAGCACCCAUUAAAAUUGCUGAUCACAGCAGUACAUUUACAGCAAGGCUCUGUGCCUUAUUCAUCUGAGAGCUGAAAUCAUCACGAUUUAUAAAAAGGAUCCUGAAAAAUAGGACUUUGCAUCAAAGCCACCCCUCCUGCAUUUGCACCAUUCUCAGUGGUGAGAACAUACCUUGGAAGAAGAUGGUUCAUUCUGAAGCAGAAGUCAUAAAACCUGAUUCAGUUUCUGAAGCCAGCUUUCUAUUACUAAAUGGAGAUGUGGACGUGGCAGAGAAGCAAGUAAAGAAGACUGACAACAACCUAUGUAGCCAGUAUGAAGAGAAGGUACGUCCCUGCAUUGACCUCAUCGAUUCCCUGCGUGCUCUUGGUGUGGAGCAAGACCUAGCAUUGCCUGCCAUCGCUGUUAUUGGGGACCAGAGCUCAGGCAAGAGCUCUGUGUUGGAAGCAUUGUCAGGAGUUGCCUUGCCCAGGGGCAGUGGUAUUGUUACAAGAUGUCCUCUGGUGCUGAAGCUGAAAAAACUUAUAAAUGAAGAUAAGUGGAGGGGCAAGGUCAGUUACCAGGACAUCGAAGUCGAGAUUACAGAUCCUUCAAAGGUCGAACCAGAGAUCAAUAAAGCCCAGAAUGUCAUUGCUGGAGAGGGGAUGGGAAUUAGUCAUGAGCUAAUCAGUCUGGAGGUCAGCUCCCCACACGUCCCAGAUCUGACACUGAUAGACCUUCCUGGUAUAACCAGGGUGGCUGUGGGCAAUCAACCUGCUGACAUCGGCCGUCAGAUCAAGACCCUCAUCAAGAAAUACAUCCAUAAGCAGGAGACUAUCAACUUGGUGGUAGUCCCCUCGAAUGUGGACAUUGCCACCACAGAGGCGCUGAGCAUGGCCCAGGAGGUGGACCCUGAUGGAGACAGGACCAUAGGAAUCUUGACAAAGCCAGAUCUGGUAGACAAGGGUACAGAAGAAAAGGUUGUUGACGUGGUCCGAAACCUCGUGUGCCACCUGAAGAAAGGCUACAUGAUCGUCAAGUGCCGGGGUCAGCAGGACAUCCAGGACCGCCUGAGCCUGGCCGAGGCGCUGCAGAGGGAGAAGGUCUUCUUUGAAGAACACCCCUAUUUCAGUUUCCUCCUGGAGGAAGGGAAGGCCACGAUUCCCUGCCUGGCGGAAAGACUCACCACGGAGCUCAUUAUGCACAUCAGUAAAUCUCUGCCAUUAUUAGAAAAUCAAAUAAAGGAGAGUCACCAGAAAAUAACAGAGGAAUUGAAAAAGUAUGGCACAGAUAUACCAGAAGAUGAGAACGAAAAAAUGUUUUUUCUGAUAGAUAAAAUUAACACAUUUAAUCAGAACAUCAUGGUUCUAAUACAAGGGGAGGAGAUUGUGGGGGAGGACGAUACCCGGCUGUUCACCAAACUCCGAAAUGAGUUCCACAAGUGGAAUAUCAUGAUUGAGAAAAAUUUCCAAAAAGGUUAUGAUUUAAUACGUAAAAAGAUCUGGAAAUUUGAAAACCAGUAUCGUGGCCGAGAGCUGCCAGGAUUUGUAAAUUACAGGACAUUCGAGUCAAUCAUAAAAGAGCAAAUCAAAGCACUGGAAGAGCCAGCCAUAGACAUGCUGCACACGGUGACUGAUAUGGUCCGGCUCACCUUCACAGAUGCUUCCGUAAAAAAUUUUGAUGAAUUUUUUAACCUCCACAGAACUGCCAAGUCCAAAAUCGAAGACAUUAGACUAGAACAAGAAAAAGAAGCUGAGAAGUCAAUUCGACUUCACUUCCAAAUGGAGCAGAUUGUCUACUGCCAGGACCAUGUCUACAGGAGUGCAUUACAGAAGGUCAGGGAAAAGGAAACAGAAGAGGAAAAGAAGACUAAAACACCAGUGGUUACCUUCUCUCAACAACUAUCUUCAACAGAGUCUUCCAUGGCUGAAAUCUUUCAGCACCUGACUGCCUACCAACAGGAGGCCAGCAACCGCAUCUCUAGCCACAUCCCUCUGAUCAUCCAGUUCUUCAUCCUCCAGACGUUCGGGCAGCAGUUGCAGAAGGGCAUGCUGCAGCUCCUGCAGGACAAGGAUGCCUACAACUGGCUCCUGAAGGAGCGGAGUGACACUAGCGACAAGAGGAAGUUUCUGAAGGAGCGGCUGUCACGGCUAGCCCAGGCUCGGCGCCGGCUUGCCAAAUUCCCUGGUUAAUCAGCUGUCUUUCCAGCCCCACAUUUCUUGGGCCUCCUGCCUUCCCCUAAGAGCUAUGCCAUCACUGUAUAUCCACUUAGCAGACAUGUGAGUGCUUAGUGGUCAGGCUUCCUAACUGUGGCCUCUACUUAUACAUUAGUCGAUGAGGACUUACCAGAAGGCUGCGAGUAGUGCUUGAUUUCCAGCACUGAGACCAAAGCCGUUCGGAGCAUAUGCUCCAGGUUGGAUGGAUGACACCUGGGAAAUAGUUUCCAACCCUCAGAAAGGUUUCUGCUCUCUGGACUUUCCCUGUCACUCUGUCAGAAACUCAUGCAGGCUAAGCCACAGAGGAGGGUGACUAUGGUUUUUGUAAUGUCCUUUCACCAACCCAGCACUUCAGGGGCUCGUACCACAUGUGGAUGUUUGUGGGGGCCCCACCCUCUCCAUUAGUAAUAAAUUUGGUCCUGGCAGACCUUUCUCUGA